AAUAAAUAAUGAUGCGACAAGUUGAUAAAAAUGACAGUUCAUUUAGUAAUAUUGAAAAGUUAAAUAAUGAAUUGCAAAAUGUAAAAUUGGAUUCAAAUCCUAAAGUUUCUGUAUAUUUUGAAACUGAUUCGAAAAAGAUGACUACAUCACCAUCUUUAAACAAUUAUUUUGGGGCAAAUGAACAGAGUGAUAAUUUACAAGUUGUUAAUUUUGGAUCGACAAAUUCGUCUAAAACUUCAGAUACCGUAGAUGCAACAGCAACGUCUUCUAGUAAAAGUGAACCAGUGGUAUGUCGUAUAUUUGCUGAGACGCCACAACCAAAGAAAUCAGUUGAUCCAACAUCAAGUUUUUUUGAUACUAUAAUGCAACCAGAUCCGCCUUCAGCAGCAAAUUCAUCAGGAUUUAUUUUAGAUAUGGGUUUAAAUAAUUAUAAUAAUGAGGAAUCGUACAGUGGUGGACAUGAAGUCAAUCGACGAAGAGAUGCAUGGAUUCCAUCAGAUCAAACAAGAGAAGCUUUAAUUGCUAGUGCAACUUCACCGCCUGGUACUUACAUUCCAAAUUCGUAUCAAUUAACAAUGCCUGGUGUUAUUUUGGAAGAUGAUUUGAAUGAUAUGCUUCAAGAAGAUGUGACUCAUUAUUUAGGAGCAGCUGAGGCUACUCAACGUAAAAUAUUGACAGCCGAUGAUGUAACACAAGAUGAUCGAGGAUUACGAGAGUUAAUUCAAGCAAAUUGUUACCGUGCAGCUGUAAACUUAACUGGGAGGUUAUUAAAAAUUUAUGGCCAAGGUGUUGGUGGAUUAAAUCGGCCCAGCAAACAUACUCCUCACUCAUUACAACUCUGGUUUACACGUAUCGCUUUGCUAGUAAAAAUUAAAUCGUUUUCAGAUGCGGAAAAAGAGAGUGAAGCAUUUGGUGACCUCGACAAUCCUGAUUUGUAUUUCCAAUUUUAUCCAGAUAAAUUUGGUGGCAGACCUGGGUCAAUUGUACCAUUUUCAUUUCGAAUACUUUUAGCGGAAUUACCAAUGCAUUGUGGAAAAGCUAAGGAAUCAAUGAAUCGUUUAAUAAAAAUUUUAAUUACUGUGCGACAAAUUUUAACAAAUUUAAAUAAUGGUGCUACAGAAGAUGGUAAUCCAAUGGAACUAAGUGAAACAGAUCGUAAUGAGUCGAUACAAUUGUGGACAGAUCGACAACGGCGUGUUCAACAUUCUAUUGUAAAUUGUGCUUUGCAACAAGAGAAUUAUGAAUUAGCUAUACAAAUUGUACAACAAUUAUUAACAGAAAAAGAUUUAAAAAUCAAUCAACAAAUUGCAUUACAUUCAACAUUGGGACGCAUUCUAUUACAAGUUGGUGAUAUUGCAAGAGCUGAUGAAAGUUUUAUUAAAGCAAAUGAUUUAGCUGGAAAUGUAACAGAUGUUAGAAAUAUUGUGGAUAGAUCAUUGGUAGAAAUAGCUAAAAAUAAUUUCAGUGAAGCAUAUCAAAUAUUAGUACAAGGAAAUCAAAUUGAUCCAGCCAAUAUAAUGAUAUUAAAUAAUAUGGCGGUAUGUUUAUUAUAUACAGGACGAUUAAAAGAAGCAAUAUCACUAUUAGAGAAUGCAAUCAAUGCAAAUCCAACAAAAGGUUUAAACGAUUCAUUAUUGUUAAAUUUAUGUACAUUAUAUGAAUUAGAAUCGUCACAUAGCAAUACAAAAAAAUUAAAUUUAUUACGACAAUUAGCUAGAUAUAAAGCUGAUGCGGGUAUGAAUGUUCGUCAAUGUUUGAAAUUACCACUGUAA